AGCGCCCACGAAACUGGAGCGUGGCAAUCGUACAUAGUUUUCAUCCAGAAAAUGAAUGAGAUGCAAGUACUAUAUGGAAUGUUCAGUGUGUAUAUUUCAAUCUGACAUACUACUGUUAACAAUACAUACUGCAUGUAUAGAUUUGUUGUAGCUGGUCUACAUAAAACAACAUCUCUGCAGCACCUGUAUGUUGUACUUGCUUGGAGAUAGGAAAUCGACACAGUAAUAUUUCGUUAAUAACACUCACAUUACCCAGAGGACAAAAUGUCGGGGUCUGUCGAAGAUGAUACCAAUGUGCUGUUAAGUGCAGCAGCUUCUGCUUCUUAUCGGAUGUUACUCAAUCUAAUGUUCCGAGUCUUGAGUUUUGUGAUGAAUGGAGUUUUACUGCACUAUGUGACCAGCCAUAUGUUGGGGGUUGUUAAUGUCAGACUUAUCUUACUACACAGUACCAUAUUGCUAGUGGCCAGGGAGGGCUUCAGAAGAGCUUGUGUCAGUAAAAGCAGUAAACAAAACUGGGGACAGGUCAUCAACUUAGUCUGGUGUAUAGUCCCUAUUGGAAUUUUGACUGCCAUGGUAUUCAGUUACGUGUGGCUCUAUCUGUUGGAAGUUCCUGAUCCUAUUCAGAUGCCAAACUACCACAUUGGCGUAUACAGCUAUGCCUCCUGUGCUGUGAUUGAGAUAUUGUCAGAACCUGUCUGGCUUACGGCCCACGCUUUCCUGUUUGUAAAACUGAAGGCAGUGAUAGAAAGUGUGUGUAUUAUUACCAGGAGUAUUAUCAAUAUUCUACUGGUGGUGUAUUUUACCAUGUGUCUAUAUAUUACAUUCCAGGCAGUGAUAGAAAGUGUGUGUAUUAUUACCAGGAGUAUGAUCAAUAUUCUACUGGUGAUGUAUUUUCCUGACUGGGGGAUAAUUGCCUUUUCAGUAGCACAGGUGGUGUUCACUGUGUUAUGGGUGACUGCGUACUAUGCUUACUUCAGUUGGUAUGUUUCCACACAGCAGAAGAAAGAUGACAGUUUCCCAGUGAAAUCUGUUAGAGAGUUUUUACCAACAAAAGCACCUGGAAAGCCAUGGAUUAGUACACAUUUGGUGGUGCUGACCUGGAGUUUUGUCAAACAGUCAUUUCUGAAGCAACUCCUGACUGAAGGUGAAUAUUAUGUCAUGACAGUGUUUGGGGUUCUCAGUUUUGCCGAGCAGGGAGUAUAUGAUGUCAUCAAUAAUCUCGGUUCCCUAGCUGCAAGGUUCAUCUUUCAAGCAGUCGAAGAGAGCGGUUACCUGUUUUUUUCACAAACAUUAACCAGAGAAGUACCUAUAAAAGAGCAGAACAAGGACACAAUUCUGCUUGCGUCCAGAGUUCUGGAAAGUCUCCUAAAACUUGUUACAUACAUAGGGCUCAUCGUGCUGAUAUUUGGUUACUCGUACUCCUACCUGUUCCUGGACCUUUAUGGAGGGAACACUCUUAGUCAAGGACCAGGUCCAGUGUUACUGCGAGUGUACUGCCUCUAUGUACUCAUCAUUGCAAUCAAUGGCACCACCGAAUGUUUUGUGUUUGCAGCUAUGAGUAAGCUGGAUGUUGAUAGAUAUAACUACAAAAUGAUGUUGUUUUCUCUGCUGUUUCUGCUGGCAUCCUGGUCUCUCACUCAGUGGCUGGGAAGUGUAGGCUUCAUCCUGGCCAACUGUUUGAACAUGCUAGCUAGAAUAAUACAUAGUGUCUACUUCAUCAACCUGUACUACAAGGGCAGUGAAUUUCACCCUCUAAGAGGCAUCCUACCUUCAGCACCUGUGAUGAUCUCUCUGACAGCUUCACUAUUGAUCACAGCUCUCUCUGAGCAACUCCUAUGCUGUGAUAAAGGCAAUCUCUAUAGACUGGUGCAUUUCGGGAUAGGUGUCGUCUGCGGGCUGUCGGUCCUGGGUUCCAUAUACCUUAGUGAAAAGCAGCUGCUGAUAUUUAUAAAAGAACAGUAUCAGAAAAUGAAAAAAAUAAAGACUAAGACGAAUUAGUAAUAUUCAUUACAUUUCAUAGUUAAUAACGUUAACGCUGAUGUUUUAUUUUCCUUUUCCAUAAGUAUAUUUCUAUGAUCAUGUUAUAAAAUAAAAGCU